AUGAAAUAAUUAUUUCUGAAUUAUAGGAGGAAUAAUGAAAUGAAAAAAAUCACAUAUCAAGUAUUAUAUCUAUAAACUAGUCUUAUUAAGAUUUAAUUUCGGAAUGGAGAGACUGUUUUAUCAGAUGGUUAUAGGAAAAAUGACAACAAAAUAAAAAGAGCAAAUCUCAAUGUUUUUUUUCCUCUUAGAACUCUUAAGGAAAAUAUACUUUACUUUCUCCUACUUAUUUUAUAGGUUUCCUCGUCUUAUACCUUAUAUUUUGUAGGGAUUCUUUUGGUCAUACAACAAUGGCUAGUUGAUUUGCAUAAUCUUAUGAAAAUUAGAAAAAUGGAUAAGAUGGUAAAUAGUUAAGAAGCAAGAGUAUUAAAAUAAUGGGAUGAAUGCAUUAUCAAUAAGGAGAUAAUUGAGAAAAUCAAGGAGAGAUUAACUAAGCAGGAUUAGAGUGAUUACAAUUCAGGAAAUAAAAAUAAAUCAUAAGCCGACAAGAAUUCAUAAGGAAGAAUAGUUGAACAUGUGUAAAACUAGAAAAAAGGAACUAUAAUUUGUAUUUUUUAAAUCUAAUUUUAAGCCAUUAUAUCAAUCCAGUUAUAGAAUGUAUCUUAUAAACAGCAAUCGAGCAUUAAAAAUAUCAAAACUGACAAUGUUAAUAAAUAUAAUCAAAUGAGUCCAUUAAUUGAAAAGGAUAUUGCCUUAAAAUUAAAGUAAGUUUAAUUGAUGGAAGCUGAACCAUUAAUAGUUGAGUUUAAAAAGAGAGUUCCUAGUAUGUUUUUCAGAGAUGCCCUUUCAACCUAAUAGAAUGCAGUGUUGAAUGAAAAGUUGAAAAAAAUUGAAAAAGAUAAAAUGAAUUUGAUUAAAAUUUAAAAUGUUGAAAAUAUAAUGAUAGGUGAUGUGAUUUUACUAGAAAGAAAUCAAAGAGCACCGUGUGACAUACUUGUUUUGCAUUGUAAUGAUGAAAAUUUUAGUGUGUAACAUUAAUUAUGUGAUUAUUCAUCCACAACAGUAAGAAAACCUGUGAUUUAAAAUAGAUCUGAUUCUCAAAACUUAGCCUAGUUUAAAAAAUCUUUAACAGGUAAUAUCGUUUGUUAAGAACAGAAUUUUAAAAUUAAGGGAUUCUUUUAAUUAAAAAAGGAUCCUUAAUCAAGAAUAUUUGGAUUUGAGAAUUUUAUAUUUUGUUAAGAAAAAUUAUUAGCAACGCCUUGGGUAUUGGGGAUUGUUGUAAAAGUUGGAAAUAGUUGUUAAUUUUAUGCUCGUUUUUAAGGGGAACUUAGAUAUGAGAACUUUUAAUUUCUUCCUCAUUACAUGGUUAUUUUAGUCAUCACUAUAAUUUAAAUUAUUGUUUACAAUUAAAACCAUGUAUUAUAGAAUUUUAGAUCGAUUACUCAAAUUAUAAUUGAUAAUUGUAUAUUUUUGAUCUUAAUGGUUCCUCAUUUCUAUAAAGUAUAUUAUAAAAUUUGUAGCAUUGUUCAACUUAAAGGAAUAGGCACUAUUUAUUAAAAAUAGAUAAUGUCUUGUUACAUAGAUAAAUACAUUGAUAAAUAAUAUCUUACUGUAAGCGUAGAUUCAUUUAUUGAACACUCCUUUUAGCUAAAAUGUAUUAUUCAUGACAAUAAAUUAUGUGAAUUUGAUGAGCCAAGAUUUCUUUAAUUUUUACUUUAAACUAAUGCAAACCCCAGUAUGUAGAAUGAAGUCUAAAAUCCAGAAAAAGAUGAAUAAGAAGAUUUUUUACAAAGGUCUUAAGUUAUAAAUUCCUUACUGUAGAGUUAAUGUUCAGAUGAUCUUAUGAGUCAAAGAGAAUAAAAAAUACAUCAGAUUCCUACAUCUGUUCAAGGCAAAUUCAUCUCUUAUGAACAGUCAGAACAAAAAGAGGAUUUGAAUAUCAAUAAAAUUGGUUAAAUUUAGCAGGACUAGGCAUCAAAAGAGAAAACUUUUUCUAAAAAUCACGAAGCUUAUAAUGAAACUUUUUAAAGAGCAUCUAAUCUUUUAGGAAUUUCAAAAGGAUACCAUUCAUCAAAAGAACCAUUUAAAUAAGAAGACUAUUAAAUAGAUGAGUAAGAAUUAUGUUAGAACAUGAUGAGAAAUGAUGAACCAGAUGAAUUGAAUCCAUUGUUGCUAUAAUUAGCUAUAAAUCACCUUGCUUUUUCUAAGAUUUUAAUUACUGAAAAAAAAGAAUAAAAAGUGAAAAACAAGUUCUUAGGUUUACUAGAUUAGAAACAAAUAAAUCUGGCAAAGGCUAUGGGCUAUGAAUUCAUUUGUGUCAAUAAUGUUUAGAACACCUAACAUUAUAUAAUUUAAAUAAAUCAAGAAUUCCAUUCAUUCAAAUUAGUCAUAACAAAAUUGGACAUUUAAAGACAAAGGUUGUUUAUGCUAUUUGAAAUGGUUCAUUUUUAUGGUAACGAUAAAUAGUUUAUUUUAUUUUUGAGAGAAGGAAAUGUAAAAAAGAAUGAAGGCAUUGAUGACAAAGUAUGGAAACAUCAAUAUGAUUAACUUCAUUACAUUUAUUAUUCGUAUUGUUAUUUAACCUCAGAUAGUGCAAGUUUAUUUUUAUAAUCAGUAGAAAGUAAUAUACCAGAUAACUAAUUAUAUACUCUUAUGGAAUAAGUAUUCAAAUUAAAUAUCAUUUUGGGACUCAAAUAUACUUUGAAACCUGAUUGUUAAGAUUUCAUGAAAAAUUUAAGGAAAUCUGAUUAUCAAGUGUUUACAUAUACUCAAAAUUAGGAGAUCUAUGCUACUUCUAUAUUGUAUUAGUCUGAACUUAUACAAUAAAAUGAUUUGGUCUUGCAUUUCAAUUAAUAAAAUGAAGAAGACUUGCGUGCUUAUUUUAAAUAAAGUUUAUAAGAUUUUUCAAGUAAUUUUGCCGAUGCAAGCAUCAAUUCUUCCUAACUCAUUUAAGGUCUCGACUCAUAAAACCAAAUAAUAUUUGAUAAAACGGACCAGAAGCCCCGAACAAAGAAAAUAAUAGUGAUGAUGAAUAAUUAGUCAUUGUAGUAUAUCACAGAGAACCAUUAUUUUACCAGCAAUUUGAAAUUAAUCCUUAGCUUUACCAAAGUACUAUUUCUUUAUUAAGCAACACAAGAUUAACUAAAUAUUAUCUAAGAAAUCUGGUGUACUUCAGCAAAAACAAUCAAUAUAUUAUAUGAAAACUAAAGCUUAUUGAGAUGCUUCUAUGGAUGUCAAGUACAAAUAUUGCAGCUAUAAUAAUUCAGUUUAUUUAAAAAUCAAAAAAUAGAAAAAGUGUAGAAAAAUAACUUCUUCUCAUAACUCAUUAUAUCUUUAUAGCAAAGAUUAAUAUUUGAGAAAUGCUACUUCAACGAAAUGCAAAUCAAUUCUAACACCGAUGUUAUUUUACAAGGUUUCAAAGAGUUGGAUAGACUCCUUUUCUUUUAAAGUCCCCUUUUAAAGAUAUUCUUUAGAGCCUUAUAUUAACAAACUCUAUACAAAACAAUAACUUUUGUUUCUUCUUUUACUUUUGUUACUAUUAUCUAUACAUCAUAUACGCUUGACUAGAUGGACUAUUUAAUAGAAAUCAUAUUCUACUUUUACAUAUACUAAUUCAUUUUAUUUUCCAUUUAGCACUAUUCAUUUUUUGAUCAAUCAAAAAGAUUAAAAUACCAUAAGGAUUAAUCUAUUUUACUGAAAAAGUAUUCAUAACACAAAGCAUCAAUCGAGACUAUAAUCAUAAUGAUAUUAAAACACAUUUUGUAAGGUGUGCUUAUUUCAUGUAUUUUUAUUUAUAAAAUGUAUGAUUUGGAAUACUAUUUAUAUAUUUUUAUGUCUAUCAGUAUUAGUGAUUAUUGUUAUAUGAUGAUCAAUUUGAAUAUCAUAGAAGCUACGAUUUUAGCUGGGGUAUUUCCAAUAAUAUUUUAUUUCUAUAUACUGUUUGACAACAUUCAAAAUGAUGAAUGGAAUAAGUCUAUAGAUACUGAAGAUAUAUUUACUAUUAUUUUGGGAAUAUCCUUCCUUUUGAUUACAAAUCUUAUCUUUGAUUAUGUUUAGAACCAUAAUAUACUCAGUAUACCUAUAAUUAGUGAAGAUUUCGUUUCAUAUUUGCAUUACGUCUAAAUGAUGAAAGCAUCUAAAUAAAAAAAAACAAAGUUGACUAUUUUAUAGAAUAGAGUCAAUGAGCUUUUUGAAAAUAUUGAAUAAGUAGAUUUAAGCAUUUAAAAAUUGCUUUUAAAUUAAUAAAAUAGUUAAAGUAAAUUUGGUUAAUGGCGUUAAUAAAUUUUCAAGAAGGCUCAAACCAUAUUAAUGUGGAAGAAGAAGUAAAACAUUCAAAGUUUCUAAUUGCUUUUUUAUCAUAACACAUUUUUAAUUAUCAUAUACUUUUACCAUGAUAGAACUGACUUUUUCUUGGUUGUCUAUUUAAUAACCUUUUGUAUACAAGCAUUAUAUUUUGCAAUUCAACUAUUCGUUUAACUACCAACUAAUCAAUAGGAAUAUUUAGAAUAUGCUAAAUUCUUUUUAUCAACCGCUGCUACUAUUUCCAUAUUGUUUGUCAUGAAAUCUGUUGAUAAUAUCAACCAAAUUUUGACAGUUUAAUAUUUUAUAGUUUACGAAUUGUCAAUCAAAUUCCAUCCCAUAUAUGACUUCAGAGUAUACAUAAUAACAGCUGUUGCUACUAUUCUUGGAUAUAUUGUUUGGUAUAUCGUUGAAAGUGAUUCAAUAAUUUCGAACCAGAUUGCUGUGAUAUAAUUCAUAAUUCUAUUUUCUGUUUUACAAUACUUGGUAAAGAGUUAUUUUAUUCAAUUAGAGGAGGAUCAAGCCUAGAAUAAAUUGAAUUUUAUUGAAUAAAAUAACAAAAUUAAUGACAUAUUAGGUAUUUUGUUGCCUAAAUUCAUUCGAGACAGAUUAAACGAAACUGACCAAUAUAAUAUCCAUUAAAAUUAAGGUUUGGUAGCAAUUGUAUUUUGUGAUAUUUGUAACUUUGAUCAAAUGGUGACAGAAGAAAAGGAUAAAAUAAUUACAUUUUUGGAUGACAUUUUUAGAACUUUUGAUAAAUAUUGCUAAAUUUAUGGGGUUCAAAAGAUAGAAACAGUUGGAAAGACAUAUUUAGCAUCAGCAGGUCUCAAGGCAUGUGAAUAAGAAUUGACUUAUCUAUCUUAGGUAGACCCUGUUUAAAGAGCCUUAAAUUUGGCUGAACAAAUGAUGAUUUAUAUCAGAUCAAAAAUGUGGGGAUAUAAGGGCUAGCAAUUAGUUGGUAAAAUUGGCAUUCAUUAUGGAGGGGCUAUAAGUGGAGUUAUAGGAUUUCAUAAGCCUCAAUUUUCACUAAUUGGAGAUACUGUCAAUACGACGAGCAGAAUUUGCUCAACUGGGUUGGAGGAUGCUAUUACAUUAUCAGAAUAAGCUUUUGAUUAAUUAAAAAAUGAAAAUAUUGAAUUUGAAAUAAGAAAUGUUGAGAUGAAAGGUUUGGGCACUAGACCGACUUACAUUUUUAAAGGGAAGAUUAAACAUAAAGCAAAAUAAUUUUAGUUAUAAAGUGAUUUGGACUUACAAAGUAAGGAUGCUAGAAGCUAAUAUAUGGUGAGGAAGAAUCAUGAAAUUUUUAAGAAGGAUCUAAAGAAAAGGAAAACUAUUAUUACUUUAAUAGAUACUAUGAAGUAAAGGAUGGAUUCUAUGUAAGAAUAAGGAACCCAAAAUGUAUUUGGAAUCAAACCAAUAGAACCAAAUUAUUAUUAAACUUAUGAGGAUAAAUCUGGGCAUUCAAUCAAAUUGUUAUAACAACAAGAAUCUGAGGAGAAUUACACUUAAAAGUCAGAUGCCAAAACAAAUACAUUCAAAAGAUUAGUCACUAUAUUUUAGAACAAGUUUUAACUUGAAAAUUAUUAGCCAUAAAUUGAUGAAUUAAUUGACUAUGAACAACUAUUGAAUGUCAUUUUGUUGAAGAAUGAAUAUACACUAGAACAUAAUAUAAUUAAAGAAACCUCCUUUAUGUAGUUAUUGCAAAUAUCUUAUUAUAAAAAAUAAAUGAGUCAGUUUGUUAGUUAUGAAUAAUAUCAAGAGUUCGUCAAGAUUCAAUCUAAAAAUCAAACCGUAUAAAAUUUAAGAAUAUAUGUUCUUUAUUACAUUAUUAAAUCUUUUUGUUAGGUUCAAUUUUAUGACAAUUUCAACUUAGGCUUAAUAGGAAUGUAAUGGUUCUGUUGUUUGCUUAAUCUGAUGUAAUUUAUAGUAAAUAAAAAACAGUAUUUUGGAAAAUGGAAGAUUUUCAUAAUACUUUUAUUAUUUUUUGAAGCUUUACUUAGUGGACUCGUGAUAGAUCUUGUAGAUGAUGAUUACUUAAAAAACAUUCAUGUCUAUGAAAUAAUCUUCAUCCAAUCCUUGUUUUGCAGUAUUCAAAUAUUAAGCUUUUGGAUAAAAGUGCAAUUUUGUGUUACAAUUGCAAUUUAUUCUACUAUUAUCCUGGCAAUUGAUGGAACCUAAAUUGUUUCAAUAUAUUUUAUCCUAAUCAGCUCCAUGUAUAAUAUGAUAUUGAUUUUAUUGAUUGAACAAUAAUAAGUUAGUUGUUUUAAUUAAAAAAUUAUCUAUAAAACAUAGCAAUAAAAGGAAUCGCAAUUACUGUAGUAUUUAUUACCAAAACAUAUCUUAAAUAAUUUUUUAGAUGACAGAAUAAGCAAUAUUGGUAUUUGUGAUAAAAUUGAUGACCUAACAAUAUUGUUUGCUGAUAUAGCUGGUUUUACUGAAUACUCAAGUAAAGUUAACCCAGAAGAAGUAUUGGUUAUGCUAAAAAAUUUAUUCGUCGAAUUUGAUAGGAAAUGUUGUGAUUUGAAUGUGUAUAAAUUAUAUACUAUUGGCGACUGCUAUGUGGCAAUUGGAAUGAUUGAUUACCACAAUAGAAAUCCUCAAUAGGAGGCUAAAAAUAUUAUAGAUUUAGCAUUUGAAAUGAUUAAAAUUAUUACUUAAGUUAGGAAAUAAAUCAAUUUUGAAGGACUUAACAUGAGAAUAGGAGUACAUACAGGGCCUGUAUUUGGUGGUGUAAUGGGUACAGAUAUUGUUAGAUAUGAUAUUUAUGGUCCAGAUGUACUAAUUGCCAAUAAGAUGGAAUCAAAUGGAGUUAAAGGGAAUGUACAAGUCAGCUAGUCAACAAAGAAGUAUUUGGAGGAACUUUAUUCAGAUUUAUAUAAUUUUGAAUUUAAUGUUAAUUUAGAAUUGAAAUCAAUAGGACGAUAAAUAGAGGGAUAUUUAGUGAAAAAGUAUGAAGAAGAUCCCGUUAAUGAAUAAAAUAUCCCAUUUUGA